AUGACCGAGUUAACCUGGGACGAGGAAUUGACUGGAGAGGUAAGGAAAGAGUGGAAGGCCUGGGUUAAAGACCUGGGAAAUUUGAUAAGUGUUGAAGUACCUCGGUGCGUAUUGGACACGUCCAACCGUAAGGUGCAGAUUCACGGGUCUGCUGAUGCGAGUCGCAAGGCGUACUGUGCCGUCGUAUACCUCGUAUACGACGUGGGGGGAGAGAGGCAGGUAAAGUUACUUUGCAGCAAGACUAGAGUGGCCCCCCAUAAAGAGAUGACAAUCCCCAGGUUAGAGCUAAUGGCCGCGUUAAUCCUUGCCCGUCUAGUCAGCCAUGUUAAAGAAGCACUAGGCACACUCAUUGAAGAAGAAAGGGAGGUUUACUGGUCAAAUAGCAAAACAGUGUUAUACUGGUUGGCGAACAAAGGUGAGUGGAAACAGUUCGUUAAGCACAGAGUAGACGAAAUUUUGCAGCUGACUAGGAACGGUGAGUGGAGGCAUUGCUCGGGAGAACAGAACCCGGCCGACAUUGGGUCACGGGGUGCACUCGCCUCCAAACUCGAGAGUAGUGCACUGUGGUGGAAUGGCCCACACUGGCUGACUGGUCCCGAACAGGGAUGGCCAGCAUUACAGAUCGAGAGAACGCCAGCUGGGGCGGAAGAGGAGAAGGGCACUAUAAGUAUGGUAGUCAACACCAGAGUACCGAAGAGUGACAUAUCUAGUGUAAUCAACCCUAACAACUUCAGUAAUUGUAGCAAGUUGUUCAAGGUAACAGCGUAUGUUCGGAGAUUCAUGCACAAUGUUAGGGCAGAGAAAGUAGAAGACAGGAUGACAGGCAGGUUAUCUAGAAAGGAGAUGACGAACGCAGAGCUAGAGUGGAUAAAGUCAGCGCAAGUAGACUUGAAGCAACAAGCGACGUUUAAUCAGGUGACCAAGCAGCUAGAUUUAGUAGAAGAGGCAGGCUUACUUAGGUGCAGAGGGAGACUGGGUAAUUCCGAGCUUGCGACAGACGCUAGAAUGCCCAUAAUACUACCAAGAGAUCACAGGCUGACAGAGCUGGUUAUACUAGACUGCCCAUAA